GUUUCUGCAAUGUCCUUGAAGGUGGCAUUGAUACCUAUUUCAAACCGCCGAUUUGCGGGCAGCCUGAGUGCGAGAAGGGCCGUCGCAGCUACUGCCAGUCUACGAGGAUUGUGGUCUUAGGGAGUUGUCUCUUCAAUCGAAGCCCUCCAAAGUCCCCCGUUGCAGUCCAUCAACGACUCACCACCGCCGCCAUGAGGAUCGAAACGUGCCAUCUGUGCUCCCGGCCCGUCUACCCUUCCAAGGGCAUCACCUUUGUGCGCAACGACGCCAAGGUGUUCCGGUUCUGCCGCUCCAAGUGCCACAAGAACUUCAAGAUGAAGCGCCAGCCCCGCAAACUCAAGUGGACCAAGACGCACCGCGCGCUCCGCGGCAAGGAGAUGAUCGUCGACCAGAACCUGCUGCUGUCGCAGUUCGCGAAGCGGCGCAACGCCCCCGUCAAGUACGACCGGACCCUGGUCCAGGCGACCAUGAAGGCCAUGGAGCGGAUCGAGGAGAUCCGGGCACGGAGGGAACGCGUGUAUACCCGGCGGAGGCUGAGCGGCAAGGCCCAGAGGGACGCGCGCCGCAGACAGGACCUCAAGGUGGUCGCCCAGGGCGAGCACUUGAUCAAGAAGGAGCUGGCCGAUCUGGAGGCCGCGAGGGCCGAGAUGGAGCCCAUGGUCGAACAGGUCAAGCGAGAUCUGGAGACCAGCAGGGUCCUGGGCGAGGAGAGGGUCAGGCAGAAGAGGAAGAGGAAGAUGCUCGUCGGUGGAGGCACGGAGGAAGAGAUGGAUCUCGACUGAUUUGGUGCGCCGCGGUCAUGAUCACUCGUGUACGGACUGGAUGAAGCUGAUGCGACCAUGAUACCCGGCGUUCGACGUUGCGAGGCCAUCUCUUUUUUCGCCUUGUGGUUAGACGGCAUUGUUGGUCCGGCGCAAAAGGGCGUUUGAGAGGCAUGUCAAAAGUUUUAAUUUUAGAUGGAUUGGAUUCCAGACUUUUUAAAAGACUUCUGGGUUACUGGAGAAAGAGAAACGACGACAGCGAGGCUUUCUAUGGCUGAAGACUGCAGGUCUCACAACUUCUUCAUUGGCGCUUCGGGACUAUAGGCCAAGUAACAUCAGGACUGCUGGCUUGGUGGUCCGCCGUUGGGAAGUACAAACUAGGGGCUGUCUCAGUCCUAUAAGACGCCGUGGCCAGAUCAAAUAUCUCGUAAAGCAGUCCACACAAUGAACCCCAAAUGCCUCCAUUUGGUUGGUACUGUUCG